AUGGAGGCGGACGGGGACCGGGAGGAGCUGGCUCCCCUGCGCUCGCUCUUCGCUGCCUGCGACGCCAACCGCUCGGGGCGCCUGGAGCGCGAGGAGUUUGGCGCGCUGUGCGCGGAGCUGCGCGUGCGGCCGGCCGACGCCGAGGCCGUGUUCCAGCGGCUAGACGCUGACCGCGACGGCGCCAUCACCUUCCAGGAGUUCGCGCGCGGCUUCCGUGGGUUCUGCCGCGGGGGGCGGCACCGAGGCUCGGCUUCCCGGGAGCCCGCGUCCGCCUCAGCCCAGGUGGGACCCGACCCCGAGGACAGCCAAGAGGACGAGGGCGACGGGGACGCGCUGGCAGCCCCCUGGGGUCGGGCGAGCGCUGGCCAGCCUUGGCAGGACUUCCAGGCGCGACUUGGAGAGGAGGCCAAAUUCAUCCCCAGAAAAGAGCAAGUUAGUACCUUGUAUCUAAACAUCAACCUUGUGGAGCCAAGACUAAUUCAGUCAUACGAGCAUGUUAUAAGGAACUUUAUCCGUGAGAUCAAACUGCAGAGCACAGAAAUGGAAAACCUGGCCAUUGCAGUGAAGAGAGCCCAGGACAAGGCAGCCAUGCAGCUGAGUGAGUUGGAAGAGGAAAUGGAUCAGAGGAUUCAGGCAGCAGAACACAAGACGCGUAAAGAUGAAAAACGUAAGGCUGAAGAAGCCCUCAGUGACCUCAGACGUCAGUAUGAAACAGAAGUAGGGGAUCUACAGGUGACAAUAAAGAAACUUAAAAAGCUAGAAGAACAAUCAAAACACCUAAGUCAAAAAGAAGAUGUGGCUGCCUUAAAAAAGCAAAUUUAUGAUUUAUCAAUGGAAAAUCAGAAAGUUAAGAAAGAUCUUUCAGAAGCACAAAUAGCCUUUCUUCAGAGUGAAUUAGAUGCUUUGAAAAGUGAUUAUGUCGAUCAGACUCUGAAUUCAGAAAGUCCCAAAUUUAAUGGUCAUUCUCCUCAUCCUCUGGGCUAUGACAGGUCACCCCGCUCCUCCUACGUGGAUGAGGACUGUGACUCGUUGGCCCUCUGUGACCCUAUGCAGAGGAUGAAUUGUGAGGUGGAUAGCCUUCCUGAGAGCGGCUUGUCUACCCUGAGAGACUCCAAAGAAUAUGACUCGGAGGUGGAAUACAGGCACCAGAGGGCACCUCAGAGGUCACAUGGCACGCAGGAGAGCUUUGGGGGUGAUGCUUCAGACGUAGACAUUCCUGAUAUAAGGGAUGAAGAGACGUUUGGUGCCAAAGGUGUGGCUGCCAUCUUAGACUGGAAACCCCAGGGGUCCACUAGUAAGGGCAGCGUCGUCAGUUCUUCAAGAAAGCCCAUCUCAGCUCUGUCACCACAGACAGACAUGGUGGAUGGCGACCAUAAAUCUUCCAGCUCACAGAAGGCUUACCAGAUUGUGCUUGCUGGGGAUGCUGUAGUGGGGAAGUCUAGUUUCCUCAUGAGGCUCUGCAAGAAUGAAUUUCGAGGAAAUACAAGUGCCACCCUGGGAGUCGAUUUUCAGAUGAAAAUUCUCCUUGUGGAUGGAGAGCGCACAGUCCUGCAGCUCUGGGAUACGGCUGGUCAGGAGAGGUUCAGAAGUAUCGCCAAGUCUUACUUCAGAAGAGCAGAUGGCGUUCUGCUGUUGUAUGAUGUUACGUGCGAGAAAAGCUUUCUCAGUGUUCGAGAAUGGGUGGACAUGAUCGAGGAUGCAACCCAGGAGCGUGCUCCGAUCAUGUUGGUAGGAAACAAGGCUGACCUCCGUGAUGCUGCUGCAGCAGAGGAACAGAAGUGCGUCCCAGGAUCCUUGGGAGAAAAACUGGCCAUGACCUAUGGGGCAUUAUUCUGUGAAACCAGCGCCAAAUAUGGCUCGAAUAUAGUGGAAGCUGUUCUCCAUCUUGCUCGGUAA